AUGGCUCGCUUCAAUUUGGUUCUAGUUGUGGCUCUUUGUCUCACCAUCUCUUUCUUUCCCGAUCAAACCACCGCGAAACUAAGCCGCAAGUUCUACUCCAAAACUUGCCCCAAAGUCGAACACAUUGUGAGAAAUGUUGUCAACAAGAAAGUUAAACAGACAUUCGUCACCAUCCCUGCCACUCUCCGUCUCUUUUUCCACGACUGCUUUGUCAAUGGUUGCGAUGCCUCGGUUAUGAUCCAAUCCACACCUAAGAACAAGGCAGAGAAGGAUCACCCCGACAAUAUUUCAUUGGCUGGAGAUGGAUUUGAUAUGGUGAUCCAAGCUAAGAAAGCCCUUGAUGCUAACCCUUGUUGCCGGAACAAGGUCUCAUGUGCUGAUAUUUUAACCUUAGCCACCCGAGAUGCUGUUGUUGCAGCUGGAGGACCAUCCUACAAAGUCGAACUUGGUAGGUUCGAUGGUUUGGUGUCAACUGCAUCGAGCGUCGAAGGGAACUUACCCGGACCUUCCGACAAUGUAAACAAACUCAAUGCUCUUUUCAAGAAAAACAAACUUACCCAAAAGGAUAUGAUCGCUCUUUCAGCUGCUCACACACUUGGAUUCGCACAUUGCGGCAAAGUCUUUAACAGAAUCUACGACUUUAACCGUACGAUCUCCGUUGACCCGACCCUAAACAAGGCAUACGCUAAGGAGAUUCGAUUGGCUUGUCCUAAGAAUGUGGACCCGAGGAUCGCCAUUCACAUGGAUCCGGUUACGCCCGAGAAGUUCGACAACGUUUACUUCAAGAAUCUUCAACAAGGCAAAGGUUUAUUCACCUCCGAUCAAGUUCUCUUCACCGACGGUCGCUCAAGGCCUACCGUUAAUGCUUGGGCCAGAGACUCGAAAGCGUUUAACCGCGCUUUUGUGACCGCUAUGACCAAACUCGGCCGCGUUGGUGUUAAGAACAGACACAAUGGAAAUGUCCGUCGUGACUGUUGUGCGUUUAACUAG